UUUUUAUUUGACAAGAAUGCAGCCCUUUCGUGAGGACGCCGAGUGGCUCCGCAAAGCAGAGCGUUAUGCCGCCGUCUCUCCGCCGACCCAGCCUCUCCACAGCGGAUGGAGGCCUCCACUGACGUGGGCCGGACGGCCACACGACUCGCGCUUCCUGGCUGAGGGCCCCUGGCCGGAAGCAGCUGUUGCACCGCAUCGCAGCUAUCCCGGUUACUACUACGAAGGCAGCGCCGAGCCCGUUUACGAGCAGUCGCUGGAGCCCGAAGCUGCGACGGAGUCCUCGGAGCCCAGAAGUGCGGGAUGCCCGAGCUUCGUCCUCGGCGUCGCAUUCGCGGGGCUCCUCGUGUGCAUCGGUCUUCUCGUCGUCCACAGCUCGCUGUCGCCGUUCGACAUCAGCCCGGACAUCGAGGAGGAUGCCAGGGAGCGGCGGCUGGAAGUGGCACCGAACGCAGUCGGCGAGCGCCUCAUUCCGCGGAGGAUCGGGCAUCCGGACAUCGACGAACGCGGCAACGGGAAAACGACGCUACGCAGACGCGCGCAGGUCCGAGUCGCUGGCAGAGCAGCGAACGGAGGCUCAGCUCGACCACCGCUGACGAGUGCGAAGACGAGCCCCGAGACGAAGACACCUACCACCGCGAUGACCACCACUCGGGGCGAAGACGACGCACAUCCGAGGCGCCCAAGACUUGGUGGACGUGCCGUGGUACUUCGACGGAAAGAAGUGCGUAGCAUGGACGUUCCCGCAGGGCACCUGCUUGUCUGUGGCCCGCCGGGGCGUGUUCCGCAGCUCCGGAGAGUGUCGCCGGCGCUGCGUGCUCCGCACGGAGCCGGAGUGCGCCGAGAUACCACCAGCAGGGACGUGCUCGCCUCGCCAGCUGAGGCACCCUUAUUUUGCCGACAUGGAGGCACGCGGUGGCGCUCGCUGCGUCAACGCCUCCCGGCGGACGCUCCAGUCGCGCCGAUGCCUCAUCGGCUCCAACCAGUUCGCUACGCUCGCCGCCUGUCACAGAGCUUGUGGCGGGAAUUAGUAGAUUCCAUAUUGCACUCGGUGACGAGGAAAUCCUACAGUAUGAGUGAGGAUGUAGGCUUGCCUGAGAAAGAGUGGAAUGGCUUGGUGUGUUUAAGUUGAUUGAUAAUGAAUAACGCAUGUAAUGUUCUUUGUGUGUUUGUGCCUCACUUUGUCCCAUUGUCGUGUAUUGCAACUGAUUCAUCAGACAGAGGCAGGACAAACGGGCUUUCAGCGUUCCUUGCUCCUUGGAACCCGAAGACAGAGAUGCUGGGAAAGUACGUAAUACGUCGUGAGCUGAUGUAGAGCAGGAUUCGUCGAUUUUAGAAAUGCCGUUCAAACACCACGAAGUUCUUUCGCUUAUUGCAAAAGCGAAUUUAUCACUUUUGCUC